AUCAUUUCAUUUCACUAGGAGAUCUUAGCGCUGCUACAUCAUCUUGAGACAACUGCGAAACGAAGGAAAUCCAUCUCAGUCAAGAACCGAGUAAAGGAGGCGCCGAUAGCUAGAUUCCUGAACCUGUAUUUCUCUAUUGCUGGGGCAAAUAAACGGUUCAGAAAUGGUCUUGUGGUGAGGUGUUGCUGCAUAAGGCUGUGAGGAGGAGCAACUGACGACAGAGCCAAACUUACUGACACGCACUCACCAGCCUCCCAUGGACGGCACACUCUGAGACAGCACUUGAGAGGAGAGAAACAACAGGAGUGGGAGCAGAGGAGAGAAGGAGCUGAAGAGAGCAGGAGGGACGUGACGAUGUCGUCCAACAGGGGCCAGAACCCACAUGGGCUGAAGCAGAUCGGGCUGGACCAGAUCUGGGACGACCUGAGGGCUGGCAUCCACCAGGUGUACACACGGCAGAGCAUGGCGAAGUCACGCUACAUGGAGCUCUACACCCAUGUGUAUAACUACUGUACCAGCGUGCACCAGUCCAGUCAAGGCCGGGGGUCUGCCGUCCCCAACAAGCCCUCCAAGAAGAGCAGUACUCCUGGGGGGGCCCAGUUCGUAGGCCUGGAACUCUACAAGAGACUCAAGGAGUUCCUCAAGAACUACCUGACCAGUCUGCUCAUGGAUGGUGAGGACCUGAUGGAUGAGUGUGUGUUGAAGUUCUACACACAGCAGUGGGAGGACUACCGGUUCUCCAGUAAGGUGCUGAAUGGGAUCUGUGCUUACCUCAACAGGCACUGGGUCAGACGUGAAUGUGACGAGGGACGCAAGGGCAUCUACGAGAUCUACUCGUUGGCGUUGGUAACGUGGAGGGAGUGUCUAUUCAGACCCCUAAACAAACAGGUAACGAAUGCAGUCCUGAAGCUGAUCGAGAAGGAGAGGAAUGGAGAGACCAUCAACACCAGACUCAUCAGUGGUGUGGUGCAGUCCUACGUGGAGCUGGGGCUGAAUGAGGAGGAUGCGUUUGCUAAGGGUCCUACGCUGUCAGUGUAUAAAGAAUACUUUGAGUGCCAGUUCCUCACGGACACCGAACGCUUCUACACACGAGAGAGCACCGAGUUCCUCCAACAGAACCCUGUUACUGAGUAUAUGAAGAAGGCCGAGGCCCGUCUGCUAGAGGAACAGCGGCGUGUGCAGGUGUACCUCCAUGAGUCCACUCAGGAUGAGCUGGCCAGGCGGUGUGAACAGGUGCUCAUAGAGAAACACCUGGAGAUCUUCCACACAGAGUUCCAGAAUCUACUGGAUGCUGACAAGAACCAAGAUCUAGGUCGGAUGUAUAACUUGGUGUCUCGUAUAACGGAUGGCCUGGGAGAGCUAAAGAAACUCCUAGAAACACACAUCCACAACCAGGGCCUGGCCGCUAUAGAGAAAUGUGGGGAGGCCGCUCUCAACGACCCUAAGGUGUAUGUCCAGACCACACUGAACGUCCAUAAGAAGUACAACGCUCUGGUUAUGUCUGCCUUCAACAACGACGCUGGCUUCGUAGCUGCUCUAGACAAGGCGUGUGGACGUUUCAUCAACAACAACACGGUCACUAAGAUGGCCCAGUCCUCCAGCAAAUCACCUGAACUACUGGCUAGAUACUGUGACUCUCUGCUCAAGAAGAGUUCUAAGAACCCAGAAGAGGCAGAGUUGGAGGACACACUCAACCAAGUGAUGGUGGUGUUUAAGUACAUAGAGGACAAGGAUGUGUUCCAGAAGUUCUAUGCUAAGAUGCUGGCUAAACGCCUCGUCCACCAGAACAGUGCUAGCGACGACGCAGAAGCUAGCAUGAUCUCCAAACUCAAGCAAGCGUGUGGCUUUGAGUACACAUCUAAACUACAGAGGAUGUUCCAGGACAUCGGAGUCAGCAAAGACCUCAACGAACAGUUCAAGAAACACCUGACCAACUCUGAACCUCUCGACUUGGACUUCAGUAUCCAGGUGUUGAGUUCCGGGUCCUGGCCGUUCCAGCAAUCAUGCACCUUCGCUCUGCCCUCCGAGUUGGAGCGUAGCUACCAGCGGUUCACAGCAUUCUACGGCAGCAGACACAGCGGUCGGAAACUCACCUGGCUCUACCACCUGUCUAAAGGAGAGCUGGUCACCAACUGCUUUAAAAACAGGUACACUCUGCAGGCCUCUACCUUCCAGAUGGCAAUCCUGCUGCAGUACAACACAGAGGACCUGUACUCCGUACAACAACUCACUGACAGCACACAGAUCAAAACCGACAUUCUGGUUCAAGUGUUGCAGAUCUUGUUGAAAUCCAAAUUGCUGGUCCUGGAGGAUGAGAAUGCUAACAUAGACGAAGUGGAGUUCAAACCAGAAACCCUGAUCAAACUCUUCCUGGGAUACAAGAAUAAGAAGCUGCGUGUGAACAUUAACGUUCCUAUGAAGACUGAACAGAAACAGGAGCAGGAGACCACACACAAGAACAUAGAGGAGGACCGCAAGCUCCUCAUACAGGCUGCCAUAGUGAGGAUAAUGAAGAUGAGGAAGGUUCUGAAACACCAGCAGCUCCUGGCUGAAGUCCUAAACCAGCUCUCGUCCCGCUUCAAACCCAGAGUCCCUGUCAUUAAGGUAACACACACUCUUACCUGUCCCAGAGUCCCUGUCAUUAAUAAGGUAACACACACUCUUACCUGUCCCAGAGUCCCUGUCAUUAAUAAGGUAACACACACUCUUACCUGUCCCAGAGUUCCUGUCAUUAAUAAGGUAACACACACUCUUACCUGUCCCAGAGUCCCUGUCAUUAAUAAGGUAACACACACUCUUACCUGUCCCAGAGUCCCUGUCAUUAAUAAGGUAACACACACUGUCGCAAUACAUUCUCAAAGGACUCCCACACAUUGCACCAACUGUAAUAUUUUUGUCUUAAAGUACAUCUUUUUCACCCCCUUUCCCUCUGCCCCCUUUUUCUCUGCUACCCUUGUCUCUCCUCUGUAGAAGUGUAUAGACAUCCUGAUAGAGAAGGAGUAUCUGGAGAGAGUGGAUGGAGAGAAAGACACGUACAGCUACCUGGCUUAACCCGCCCCCUUCCCUCUCAUUUUUGUCUUUUUUUUUUAUGUCCGAGUAAUAAAGUGUGGUUCUUCUGACUGGCAGACGUGUGUGCUCAGUGGGACAUAUACACAUGGACACACUAUCUUGUUUUGAUAUGCAAAUAUGAUCAGACCCACCCCAAACCCUCACCCCAUGGCAUAGUGCGAAGUCCAACCAGAGAGCUGUGUCCAUAGUUACUGCAUGCAACUGCCUCCCUGCUAGCCUGGUCUCAGAUUGAUAUCCUACGAAGCAAGUUUGAGGAGUUAGCGAGCUAACUUUGGUCAACUGAGUUCAACUCAGGAUAAGCGGUCAUACGAAAGUGGCUCACGUUUUUAGCCAGGUACAUUUAUAUGGCAAUGAAUCCUUCAGAACUAUCCUGCUCUGAUGCAGGCUAACUCCACUUACCUUGAAUGAAAUGACUGGGCCUUGAGGACCAAUGAAAUCAGAUUCCCUCAUCAACCCCUUCAUUUCAGGAAGAUGACUGAUUUUUGAUGAAUCAAAUGUGUUAUGUUAAAAUCACAUUACAUAUUUUAGUAAUGUCAGAAUGCAUUUUAAACUUAACGCAAUGUAACUUUUGUAUGACUUAAUACAAAAAAAGUGUGUAUAUAAGAGGGGGGGGGUGCUUGUGCAUUGAUAAGCACACCAAAGCAGGCAUUAAUAAAAUAAAGACAGCCCUUCUAAAAGCAUUUCACACAGCAGUCUGCAAGAUGCAUUUUGAUUUCGGCACAAAUUAAAAUGUUAAACUGA